AAAAAUUGUCUAAGAAGAAAUAAAAAGAGAGAGAAAAAAAUUUGCCAAAGACGAGAGGCAUUUUAGUAGCAGUAGGGACAAUUGAAAAAGUUUGAAGGUCUGGUAAAUUUGUUAAGCUCAAAAUUCCAUUUCCAUGGAGCAACCCCCAUUCAUUUCUCAACGACGAGAUGAACCGGAGUUCAGCCUCCGUGAAUGGGCGGCGAAAGCCAAAAUUAACCGCGACCCCGCCAUUUCCCGGCGAUUCUCUGGCUCUUACAUCAGAAGCUUUCGAGAAGAUGCGAGGUCGUUUCGAUCAAACAUCACUACCAUCACUAGCACCGCCUCCUCUCCUGGAUACCCUUUUGGAGAUGAAAUUGACCCAGCUACUUAUUCCUUUACUAGUGCCAUCAAGGCACUGCAAGCCAGGUCGCUCAACAGUUGGGAAUGCUUUUCUCUUGAUGGGUUUACUUUGAAUUCGAAGUGGAACGAAGCCGAGAAGUAUAUAUGUAAUCCACUUUCUGGGGAAGUUCCCAUGGAGUGUUUAUCUGCAAAAUCGCUUAGUGGGAGGUCGUUUAGGAACUUAGCAAACAGAAUUGCGAUAUCUGCUCCUUUAGUUUACUCCAAUCAUUCACAACAAACUCAAACAAAGCCAUGUUCUAUUACACAAGUAGUUCAGAAACUCCCAAUUCCAGAGAAGAAAGUGGAUGCCAAUGCUAUGACCAGAGAUGUGGGAACUCAAAGCACACCACCAAACGUUGGUUCAAAUAGUCCUAGUCCUGCUUCUACGCCUCCCAUCGUGGAGAGAGCAUUAAAGAGAUGCGAACUAGAAGAAGACUCGCCCAAUUCCAAUUCUAAAAUUACUCCCGAGACAGAGGUGAUAAAAAGAGAAAUGAAAGAGGAGAGAGCAAAAGAAGAAAAGGUAGAUAGAGAACUAAUAACAGAAGAAAAGUGCAAGCAAGGGGGAUGCUUAUCAUGGAUGAAGAAGAAGCAGAAAGAAGAACAAAGAUCAAGAAGAAAGAGGUUCCUCUCUCAUCUAAAACUAAAAGGGUGCUAAAAGAGAGAGAUGAAAUGGAGAAAGAACAAACAUGGAAAAUGAGGGAGGAAGGGAAUAGAGAAGAUAGCUCUGUAAGGAGAGAUUUGGUUAAUUAAUGCAAAAUGGAAGAGAAAGGGUAGAUGGGAAUAUGGGAUUGUAUGAAGAUGAGGGUUAUCACAAGGGAUAGUUCUGUGUUUGUGGUCCUAUUUGUCUUUGCCUCUUAAUCACUUCAAUUUGUUCUUUGUGAUGGUGAAAGAAGGCCAGCAGCUUAGGCUUCACGUGCAUGCUUUUGUCUUUGUGUUCUGAAUAGUAGGGUAAGGCUCUAAAGGGCUCCUCCUUUUGUUUUCAAGUUUUAAAAUCUCUCUCUCAUUGUUAUUAUUAUUAUUCGCCUUUGUUGUAAAAAUUUUAUACUGUAUUUAACAAAAAUCUUAGACCACCUAGUUCUCAUUUUGAUA